UAUCACUAUGACAUGGCUGCCUAGCUCCGUUCUACCGGGAUUUAUGCUGAUUCUGUCGAGUUGUUUAUGGCUCCAUCCGGUGGACAGCAGCAGGAAAACGAUGGAUUGCUCCCCUCAGGCAGAUCUCCCCUGUACAGUGUACACCUAUAAUGACUGUGCUGACCGGGGGUUUGAGGCUCGUCACGUGGAUCUUUUUUCUGGGAGUGGCCAUGCUGUGCCUCUGAAGUUAAAUGUGCACCAGUCCAGUAUCGGGGGUAGUUAUAAUGCGACCGUCCUCUCACGUCCUGGACUGACCGUGUUCUGGUGGCCCCUGUCCCGCAUUACAGAUGAUCUACAAGGCUAUGAGAUUUCGAUGCAAGGUAUCAAAGGUGUAGCCAAAGGCACACGCCAAUGUUUUGUCAUCGACACAAGGAAACCCCACGUUGGAGCAGACACCGAGGUAAUUUACAAUUUUACUAUAACACCUGUACUCACCAACUCUGAGUACCAAUUCCGGAUCCUCCCACUCCCGACAAUGCACAAUAAGGGUUCAACUAACACCGCCGUCGUAGAGACUCGAGCUGAUUCCAGUCAGACGUCCCCUUCUGAGUGGACAACAAGGGUUAAUUGUGAGAUGCGAUAUGUCCAUCAGAUGACCAAAGUGUAUGUGGAGUACGACUUACCUCCAAGGAUAUUCAAAUUUCCUGGGGUCACUGUGGAGCUGGUCCUAGAUGAUGACGUCCUUUCAAAGCAAUUAUCUGCCAAGCCCUUCCAUUUAUUUGAAACCACGAAGCACGGGAAUUAUCAAGUUUGGGUAACACCAGAGGACCCCUAUAUCUACUCGCCGCGAGAGUGCCUAUGCCGGAACAGCGAUGACUUAUGUGCAGGCUCUUGUUUGACGUCAUUUGGAUUUUGUGAGAUCAUUUCAAUCAACGAAUCAGGAAUGGAAGCCAUCGAAAGGCCAGGCGUACUGUCAAGACCUCUGAGUAUUUGCCUAACGCUAGCUGCUGUUGGUAUGUGCCUCAUUGGUGCUUUGGUGAUUUUCGGCUACAGGUAUUGCAAGAGGAAAAAAGACCUGAAGAAUAAAAACAUCACGUUUAGCAAUAACAACGCCGAACAAAUGUGUACUUUCGUCAAGUCGGAUAUCACCGAGGAAUCUAGGGCGUACUCGUCAUUUCCUCCUGUCAAUCUAAAACACACAGAUCUUAUCAACAAAACAAACUACGGACAUAUGUCGGACAGAGGUGACCAGUAUCUGCAUGCUAGUCUGAUGAACGAUUCUCUUGGCAACCACGCAUGCUCGGAACUAAUUAGUCUGGGUGGCCAAAGUGUUUAAUCUAUGUCAGAUUAAAAUUUGGUAAUCGAUAAAGCAAUAACCAUGAGGGGAGAUUAUUGUAACGUUUAAAAUAUCCGAGUUCCUGAAGCUGUUACCUAGCUAGCUGCUACUAUGUAGGGAAGAUAAAUCAAUUUUCAAAACAAAUACAUUCCACAUGUGGAGUGCUUUAUCGAUUUCAUUUGAUUUUAAUCUUUGUUUAUAGGAAUAUUGACAUUCAUAUUCAUGUUUAAAUGCACCGUUUCAGGUUCUCGUGAUUAUCGGCAUUCCUCGUGUUUUAUCAUUAUAAAAAAAUGUAACUCUUCUACUAAAAUUACAGGUUUGUAAGUGCUAUAUUUAACUGCAAUAUAUCGUUCAAAACAAGUAAAAAAGGAGUGAGGGAGGGUUAGAGAGUAUAUAAGAGGAUACAGUGUAGUAUAUUUAAGUGAUAGAGUGUGAAAGCUUGAUAGUGGAGAAAUGAAUGAAUGAAAGAGGGGGUGCAUGGUGUUGUGAACAAUCAAGUGAGAGCGAGUAUGAUAUAACGAGGAAAAAUGUAAUAUACAGUAAUGCCACGAUAUCCACCCCAG